GGGGGCACUCGCUUCAGGAAGGAAAUCAGCUAUCAAUGGGAUCGAGCAGACAACUUUGUUACAGUCCCGCCGGAGUCACUCAUUACAAGGAUUUCUGAUAACGCGAGCUGGACUAAAACGUUAAAAUGUAUACCGGAGUGUUUCUACUGAUGCUGGUCGUCGGGCUCUACGCUGAUACUAUGGACCAAGGGCCAACAGCUGGCUGUACCUUUGACGAAGACUCUGACCCUGGACUGUGUGAGUACAAGCAGGGACAGGAGGACGACUUUGACUGGCAGCUGAUGAGGACAUACAACUGGCCACACAGCACCCCAGACCUGCUACGAGGGUCGUUCAUGAUGGUGAACUCGUCCCAGCAUGCAGUGGGGCAGCGGGCCCACCUUCUCCUCCGUUCGCUGAGUGAGAACGACACGCACUGCAUCCAAUUCAGCUACUUCCUGUACAGCCGCGACGGCCAUUCCCCCGGGGACCUGCAGCUCUACAUCCGGGUCAACGGGGGGCCGCGGGGAAGCGCCGUCUGGAACGUCUCCGGGUCACAUGGACGCCAGUGGCACCAGGUGGAGCUAGCCGUCAGCACAUUCUGGCCCAGCGAAUACCAGGUGGUGUUUGAAGCAUCCGUCUCGGCAGAACGGCGAGGCUACAUUGCCAUUGAUGACAUCCUGCUUCUCAACUACCCCUGCUACAAGGUUCCCCACUUCUCUCGGCUGGGGGAUGUGGAGGUCAAUGCAGGGCAGAAUGCCACCUUCCAGUGUGUCGCCACAGGCAAAACUACAGAGACAGAACCCUUCCUACUGGAGCGUCGUAACGGUGUGGUUGUGGCUGCGUCCUCUAUCCAGCGUCUGAGCCACAAGCGUCUGAUGGCCACCUUCCAGGUGGCGGCUGAGAGAGGGGAGCAGGACCUGUAUCGUUGCGUCACAGAGUCCACCCGCGGAGCUGCUGUGUCUAACUUUGCCGAGCUCAUCGUCAGAGUGCCCCCCACCCCCAUCGCUCCACCCCAGCUGCUCCGGGCUGGCCCCACCUACCUGAUCAUCCAACUCAACACAAACUCCAUCGUGGGGGACGGCCCCGUGAUCCGUCGCGAGAUCGAGUACCGCGCCAGCCAAUCACCAUGGUCGGAGACACAUGGCGUGGGCUCGCUCACUUAUAAGGUGUGGCAUCUGGAGCCGGACACAGAGUACCGUAUCAGUGUUUUACUGACCCGGCCAGGGGAGGGAGGCACAGGGGCGCCUGGACCCCCCCUGGUCAGCAGGACCAAGUGUGCAGAGCCCAUGCGUGCGUUGCGAGGCCUCACAGCGACAGAGAUUCAGCCUCGUCAACUAACCUUACAGUGGGAACCGCUGGGCUACAACCUGACGCGCUGCCAUACCUACUCUGUCUCUCUCUGCUACCGCUACUCCACGCCUGCAGGGGGCAGCGCAGGGAACAACGCCACAGUGAGGGAGUGUCUCUCUGUGGAGAGGAACCAAUCACACUUCACCCUGAGGGACCUGCCCCCGUUCCGAUCCGUCCACGUCCGACUGGCUCUGGACAACCCAGAAGGCAAGAAGGAGAGCAGAGAGGUCACCUUUCAAACUGAGGAGGACAUUCCUGGUGGCGUUGCCCCAGAGUCACUGACCUUCACUCCAUUGGACGAUAUGAUCUUUCUGAAAUGGGAGGAGCCUGUGGAGCCCAAUGGGGUAAUCACACAGUAUGAGAUCAGUUAUCAGGGCAUCGAGUCAUCUGACCCAGGUAUCAACGUACCAGGCCCUCGCCGUACCGUUUCCAAACUGAGGAACGAAACAUACCACAUGUUCUCUGGCCUACACCCCGGCACCACCUACCUGGUGUCUGUUAGAGCUCGCACCGCCAAGGGCUUCGGACAGACCGCCCUCACUGAGAUCACCACCAACAUCUCCGCCCCAGUGUUUGACUAUGAGGAUGUCCCAGCCCCACUCAGUGAGUCAGAGAGCACCAUCACGGUGCUGUUGAGACCAGCGCUGGGCAGAGGAGCACCAGUCAGUGCGUACCAGGUGGUGGUUGUAGAAGAGGACGGUUCCAGGCGGGUCAGGAGGAGCAGGAGGAGGAGGAGGGAGCUGGGUAGCGGGUCAGACUGUUUCCCUGUGCCAGCGUCCCAGGUGGAGGCUCAGUCUAAGUCCCACUACUACACGGCUGAGCUUCCCCCCUCCAGUCUCCCUGAGGCCACUCCGUUCACCGUAGGGGACAACCACACCUAUAACGGCUACUGGAACACUCCCCUGGACCCCUCCAAGAACUACCUGGUCUUCUUCCAGGCUAUAAGCAACUUCAGAGGGGAGACGAGAAUGAACUGCAUCCGGAUUGCCCGUAAAGGUGCCUGUAAGGACCAUAAGAGGACCCUGGAGGUGUCCCAACAUGCAGAGGACAUGGGUCUGAUCUUGGGGGCCUGUGCUGGGGGACUGGUGGUCCUUAUUCUGCUGCUGGGGGCCAUCGUCAUCGUCGUCAAGAAGGGAAGGGACUUCUAUUCUUACUCUUACUACCCCAGGAAGAAUGUAGCGCUGAACAAGGCAGCCAUGUCGUACCGUCAGGAGAAGACCAGGAAGCUAGGUUCUUUGGACUGCAGCAUGACAGAGCAGAGCACCUUGCAGCAGGACGAGCGCACCGCUAACUCCUUCAUGGACGCCCAUGCCUGCAACACACGGAACGAACAGAGGAGUUCAGUGAACGAGUCCAGCAGCCUGUUGGGUGGUUCCCCUCGACGCCACUGUCGAAGGAAGAGCUCUCCGUACCACACGGGUCAACUUCACCCCGCGGUCAGGGUGGCAGACCUCCUCCAACACAUCAACCAGAUGAAGACUGGGGAGGGAUACGGAUUCAAACAGGAGUAUGAGAGCUUCUUUGAUGGAUGGGAUGUCACCAAGAAGAAGGACAAGACUAAAGGGAGACAUGACAGUUUGCUGGGGCAUGAUCGUCAUCGAGUCAAGCUGCACUCCCUCCUAGCAGACCCCAACUCUGACUAUGUCAAUGCCAACUACAUAGACAUCCGGAUAAACAGGGAAGGGUACCAGCGAUCAAACCACUUCAUAGCCACCCAAGGUCCCAAGCAGGAGAUGAUCUACGACUUCUGGAGGAUGGUGUGGCAGGAGAACUGCUUCAGUAUUGUCAUGAUCACUAAACUGGUCGAAGUGGGCAGGAUGAAGUGCUGUAAGUACUGGCCCGAGGACAGUGAACUCUAUGGAGACAUCAAGAUCACACUGCUGAAAACGGAAACACUGGCCGAGUACACCGUCCGCACCUUUGCUAUGGAGCGGAGGGGCUACCCAGCCAAACAUGAGGUGUGUCAGUUUCACUUCACCUCCUGGCCAGAGCAUGGUGUUCCCUACCAUGCCACAGGCCUGCUGGCCUUCCUACGACGGGUCAAGGCUUCCACACCCCCCGACGCUGGGCCUGUGGUUGUCCACUGCAGUAUGGGAGCAGGCAGAACAGGCUGCUACAUCGUGCUGGACGUCAUGCUGGAUAUGGCAGAGUGUGAGGGAGUGGUGGACAUCUACAACUGUGUCAAGACCCUUUGCUCCCGACGCAUCAACAUGAUACAGACAGAGGAGCAGUAUGUGUUCAUCCACGAUGCCAUUCUGGAGGCCUGUCUGUGUGGAGAGACAGCUAUACCAGUUAUUGAGUUUGCUCUGACCUAUAAGGAGAUGCUGAGGGUUGACUCACAGAGCAACACCUCCCAGCUACGAGAGGAGUUCCAGACUUUGAACUCUGUGACCCCUCACCUGGACGUGGAGGAGUGCAGCGUGUCCCUGCUGCCUAGGAACCGUGAGAAGAACCGUAGCAUGGACGUCCUGCCUCCAGACCGCGCCCUGGCCUUCCUGGUUACCACCGAGGGCGUUGCCGAGGGGAACAGCUACAUCAACGCUGCUCUCACCGACAGCUUUCACCGGCCCGCCGCCUUCGUGGUAACGCCACACCCGUUACCGGGAACCACAGCAGACUUCUGGAGGCUGGUCUAUGACUAUGGAUGUACCUCAGUGGUGAUGCUCAACCAGAUCAACCAGUCCAACUCUGCCUGGCCGUGUCUACAGUACUGGCCAGAGCCUGGGCUGCAGCAGUUUGGACCAAUGACAGUGGAGCUUCUGUCCAUGAUGGCUGAUGAUGACGUCAUAAUCCGUCUGUUCCGGGUUCAGAACAUCAUGCGGCUCCAGGAAGGUCAGCUGGUGGUUCGUCAUUUCCAGUUCCUGCGCUGGUCUCCAUACCGUGACGUGCCAGACUCUAAGAAGGCUUUCCUCAGCCUCCUGGCCCAGGUCCACAACUGGCAGAGGGAGUGUGGAGAGGGACGUACCAUCGUCCACUGUCUAAACGGUGGCGGUAGGAGCGGUACAUUCUGCGCUUGUACCAUGCUGCUAGAGAUGAUCCGUCAUCACAGCGUGGUGGAUGUCUUCUACGCUGCCAAGACGCUACGCAACUCCAAACCCAACAUGGUGGAGACCAUGGAGCAGUACCGGUUCUGCUAUGACCUGGCCUUGGAGUACCUGGACGCCUUGGACUGCCUGAGUGAGAUAGAAGUGAGAUAGCACUGAUCCCAGAUCAGCUCAGGCUCAGGGGAGAUGGAGUGGAGUCCUGGGCCUAGCCUGGAUCUCAGCCUGGGUCCACAUCACCUGGGCCUCCCAGCCUGGUCCUUGCCUGAGUUUACAGCCUGGGCCUGAGUCUGGGUCCACACUGCUCUGCUUCUCUCUCUACACUUCUACGUCUAGUACUGUAUUUUCAGACCUGCUCGACCCCAGAAGGAGUGUAGGGAUAGAGGCCUGGGCCUCACCACUCCGUCUUGGGUCUCCCCUUGGGUCUACAGCCUUGGUCUAGCCUGGUUUCUGCUCUGUUCCGCUUCCUUCUCUUCUCCUCUCCCAGGUCUGGGUGAUUCAAUGUAUCUGCUGCCAUAACUGACCUGGGCAAAAGAAAACAAUGAGAGCGAAGGAGAGGGAGACAGAGAGAGAUGAUGGGACAUGCUCCUACCUUCUACCUGUUAUAUACUGUACUGUUGUCCUUUCCCUUGCAUUUGUAUCCCUCUGUAAGUUACUCUUUGUUCUGUGCCACAUACUAUCUGCCAAACCCAAGGAAGAGGACAAGGAAAUGGGCAGGAUCAUUCUCUUCUCAUUGGACGUUUUUCUGGUCACUUGACCACUGGUGGUAUACUCAAAGGUCUCUGCAACUUCCUGCCUUAUUUUACUAUGUCAAUGACAACAACAAUUACAACAACAAAAAAUACAAAGUAGAAGCUGAAGUUUAACAACAAGACAAUGACAUCACAUACAACUGCCUGCAAAUAAAACAUGUCAACUAUUGGGUGAUCUUGUGUGUUUGUUUUGUAAUACGUGCAAUGAUCUUGUAUAUUAUGCAAUGAUCUACUGUUGGUGAACAUCCGAUGUUGUUACUGUACACUGGUGUUUUCUCUGGUGAGGCUGGAAUGGCAGAGAAUACGUUUACAAAGAGAAUGGCACUGAAUUUAUGUUGGGUGCGUCUAUCCUAUGGUCAUAUUGUACAGAAAGGUUCCUAUCUUGUCUAUUAUUUAUUGUUUGUGUAAAUAGAUUGUUUUCCAGAUGUUUAUCGAUGUUUGUCGUAUUAACUCUGUGCCAAUCCAUUAUCUUUGUGUUUAUGAACAACAUGGUCUCAUUAGAAUAUGUCAAAAUAGUGACGUUUAAUCAUUGUAGUUAUAUGCCACCCAGUUUGACAUAUUACUUUUAUGUCACGUCUGGUGACAUAUUACUUUUAUGUUACUUUUGGUGGCAUAUUACUCCAUAAUGUAAUGAAAUAUGUCUAUAAAUGACAUUGGAGUUAUACAGUACUGUAUGUCACCCAAUUUGACAUAUUACUUAUAUGUCAUUUCUGGUGACUUAUAGCUUUAUAUUUGUAAUGAGUUAUGUCUGCUAUAAAUGAGGACCACUUGAGAACCUGCAUGCCAGUCAGUCGUUAGUGUUUCCAUUGCAGUUUGUGACCCAGUCUGCUUCGGGGGACCGCCCCCACUGCUACCAGAGACUGGGGUUGCAAAAUUCCCAUAGCUUUCCCAAAAUUCCCAGGUUUUCCAGAAAUUCCCAGUUGGUGCAUUGCCUGACUAACGAACCGAAAAGCAAAGAGGGAAUCCUCUAACUGGGAAACCUCAACCUGGGAAUCUUACAACCUGGAACUUUUGAGGAAGUUACCCAAUUUUGCAACCCUACACAAGAACACCUAUAUUCAGAGAGAUCAAUGUAAAAAAAAAGAACAUGAUGUGUCUCUAGUUGUGGGAACAAAGGUGAUCAGUUUGCCGAAACUAGUUGCUUUUUAAAUUUGUAUUUAUUCAUUCAAUGUGUUUUAUUUUCUAAAGAGUGUAUAAAUGAAAAUAAAUCAACUAUUACGAUGUUGCUAAUAUCAUA